AUGAAAGAUCUUACAAAUUCGUAUCGUGAUCCUUCCAAAAAGUAUAAUCAACAACAGCAGAUUGUUGUCGAAGGAGAAAAACGAUCAUUAACACCUGAACCAAAUAAAAUUCCACGACGAAGUCACGUUUCAUUAUCAUCCAAUAUGCGUACGUCGGUUAGUGUUAGUAAAGUAAAACAUGGACCAUUUCGACGGGCUUGUCCGGCGAUGCCACGUCAAUUAGCAUUCAUCUGUUUUAUAUUGAAUAUUAUUUUACCUGGAACGGGUAAGAAUUAA